CUCGGUGAUGGUGAAUACUGUACUCGACAGCUGCUGUGUGUUGGUUUUGUUGAGCCUAGGACUCCCUCAGGGCAGUUCUCAGUCCUGGGCCGCGCAGCCGAGGGGUAAACGCAGCUGAAGCCCACUACUACUAGUGCUAUCUCUCUCUCUCUCUCUCUCUGUUGACACGAACCUUUCCAAUACCAGUUUGACUGGGAGAGAUUGAAGUCCGGGAUUCAUUUCCAACUCGGAAUUUCAAAGACAUUACGAUAUUUCUAGAGCCCUCCAUCCCUCUCUCCCUGUACUGCCUUUAUCCUGGAGCUGAUCAAUGAGAACGUGAAGAAUGGCUACCACAUCGGCUGCCUUGGAGCAGGAAAGAGCUCGUGCGAGAGGAGAUGCUGUUGAGAAGGGACGUCGCGGCAAACGUCCUUCGCGCUUACCAUCGGUCGGUCAAUUCAAACGAAGCUUGAGCAGUCUGCGCCGCGGCAGCACACCUCGGUUGCAGAAAGUGGUUUUCCUGGGCGAUGUGGAGGUGGGAAAAACUGCUAUCAUUUCGCGCCUAAUAGGCGACUACUUCUCAGCGGACUAUGAACCGACUAUGGAGGAAAUGCAUGAUUACAGAACCAACCUGCGGGGGAUGGAGGAAACCGUGCAGAUACUCGACACGAACGGAGAUCCGUCAGAAGAGGUGGAAUGCUUACGGGAGCGGGCAAUUCGGAUGGGUAAUUCAUUCGUGGUUGUGUUCAGCGUGCAGAAGAGCUCGACGCUUCGACGGGCCGCUGUACUGUUGGAAGAGAUCUUCCUGGCCUCUGCAAACAGAGAGAUCAAGCGAGAGGAGGUCGGCAGAGCAAGAAGAGUGGUGCUGGUCGGUAACCAAGCAGAUGAGGAGGACUGCGGGGACCUGGAUGAUCGCAUGGACGACGAAUUAUAUCCGAGCGCUAGCGCGAGUCCUCGCCAGGUAUCAUCGAGUGAGGCAUGGCAGCUAGCUGAUGAGUAUGGUAUAGCGGAGUACAUUGAGGUUUCAGCCAGAUCUGGCCUAGGUGUCGAUAGCAUAAUGCGCAGACUGGCACGGUUGUACCAGCGCAAGGUGGAGAAGGAAGACGAGGAAGAAGGGAAAACGUUCAUGAAGAGAGUGACGUCAUUCUUGCAGCCAACACGGAAUGGCACUUCUGUGCGAGUGAAGAAGAAGUCGAGUCGCUCCACACAGCCGCCGGAUGUAUUGGUAGCAUCACCAGAUGAGAGAACCAGUACCCUGCCAAGACCAACCAAGACCACUCGUAGCAACAGCAAGUCUCCAUCAGAAGAAGCAUCCUCACCAAGUGAGGGUUCACCUCCUAUGAAGCGAGGUGGACUACGCGCCAGUCUGGGGAAAGCGUUCGGGAAGCGGAAGCGGGCGCGUGACCGGUCAAAGGCCGCGACCACCGAUAACUUGCCUUCUGGUCAAGACGCAUCUAUGCUACAUUCGGCACUAUAGCCCCCUCCUCUUCACACACACACACACACACACACACACACACACACACACACACACACACACACACACACACACACACACACACACACACACACGCACACACACACACACACACACCACAAACGCACACACGCACCACACACAUAUGCACACACACAUGUACACACACACACACACACACACCUGGUCCUGGUAUACACUGCCAUGUAGGUCACGUGUUUCUCGUUGAGCGAGACGAAGACGAGAGUACACACACACACACACACACACACACACACACACACACACACACACACACACACACACACACACACACACACACACA